AUGGAAAUGGACGAUCGACCGACUGAAGUGGAUUUGGAAAAUCUAUUUUUAAAUAUGACUGAUUAUCAUAGAGCAGAACAUUAUUGUAAAUUGGUUAUUAAUGAAUGUCAAUUGAAUAAUGACACGGAUCUAAUAAAACGAUUGUACGGCAUUAUUGGUGUAUCAUAUAUGAAAAGACAGCAACUCGAUGAUGCAUUGGAUAAUUUCAAUAUUGUCUUAAAUAUUUUAUACAACAAUGAUAAUAACCGUGAUUUUGAUUUUGUUCCAUUGGGCGUAAUAUAUAACAAUAUCGGUUUGACAUAUAGCUACAGAAAUGAUUGGACAGAGGCUCUUGUGUAUUACGACAGGGCACUUGAUGCUUAUUCGCAAGUACUUCCAUCAAGUCAUUCGCUCAUCGCUACAGUCUAUAACAAUAUAUCAAUGGUAAAUUGCUUGACAGGUAGUUAUGAUCUGGCAUUAAACAAUCUUCAAAACGUACUCGAUAUUAGACAACAUUUACCAGAACUACAUCGUCUGAUGUCUAAUACAUACGGUCUAUUGGGUAGAAUAUAUGAAAGAAAAUCUGAUUAUAAACUAGCACUUCAUUAUUAUACACUUGAAAAUGCAAUGAAGUAUUGA